AUGAACAAAUGUUGCACAAGAAAGCUGUACAAGCAAUCCACAUAUGGAUGGAGAUCCAUCACCGCACAGCAGCCCACACUGGACCCGAGGCUGAGGUGUGACUUGGGUCUUGACUUAAUGACCGAGGACAAAUGCCCCGUUCUCAUAUUCGCUCCAGUAACCAUAUGUGCUGUGGAUGUGUUUUUAGAAGUGCAACUGUGGGAACUGCUGUGGUUUGCGAUCCUCACCUUCACCUUCUUCCUCACCCUCACCUGGUUUUAUUUCUGGUGGGAAGUUCACAAUGACUACAAUGAGUUCAACUGGUUUUUAUACAAUAGAACAGGACACUGGGAUGACUGGUCCAUUCCAAUCCUUGUCACUACUGCUGCGGGAUUCACUUAUAUUACAGCACUCUUGAUACUAGCACUAUGCCACAUUGCUGUAGGACAGCAAAUGAACAUACACUGGCUUCACAAGGCUUGCCUUGCUUCUGUUCUGAUCGCUACAGUCGUAGCCAUGGCAUCCAUAGAACAAUUGUGGGAAGAAGAAUGGGACGUCCUAAUAAUUUCCUUCCAGGCGACGGCUCCAUUUUUGCACAUUGGGGCCCUGGUUGGCAUUACUAUGCUGGCGUGGAUCAUCGCCGGUCAAUUUGCACGGUCAGAAAAGGCCGUUUUCCAGAUUUGUCUCAUCCUGGCAUAUUUGGCUGUAGUCAUUGCACUGUACCUCGUCCCCCUCACCAUCUACUCCCCCUGUAUCAUGGAUCGGAAGGAUCUGGGACCAAAACCCUGGAUCAUUGGCCAUCGAGGUGCACCAAUGCUUGCACCAGAAAACACAAUAAUGUCUUUUAAAAAGGCGCUAGAACACGAAACGUACGGCCUGGAGGCAGAUGUCAUGGUAAGCCAUGACGGGAUUCCAUUUCUCAUGCAUGAUGGCACCCUCCGAAGAACCACGAACAUCGAACGAGUCUUUCCAGAGUUAGCCUCAGAACCAUCAUCCAUGCUCAACUGGACCAUCCUAGAGAAACUGAAUGCCGGGGAUUGGUUUCUGAAGACCGACCCAUUCUGGACAGUCAGCUCCCUUUCAUCCAUAGACGCCACUAAGGCUGGGAACCAGUCCGUCUGCAAGUUGACCGAACUCUUGGAGUUGGUGAAGAAAAGUAACACGUCCAUUCUAUUGAAAGUCCACCCUGUCCCUUCUGACCAUCCUCACUAUGGAGAUUAUAUUAACAUCACGGUCAACACCGUCCUACAGUCUGGGAUUCAACAGCAGCAGGUUGUCUGGCUCUCUGACCAUGAAAGAACUUUAGUCAGACAGCUGGCUCCAGGAUUCAAGCAGGCCUCCAGUAUGAAGAGAGACCCCCAGUAUUUGAAGGACAGAGACAUCAGCUUCGUAAACCUGAGGUAUACUGAGGUCGACCAUGAAGACAUCAGGGAAUACCAGUCACAGAACCUGACACUAAACACCUACGUCAUCAAUGAACCUUGGUUGUUCUCGGUGCUGUGGUGUGCUGGGGUCCCGUCCAUCACCUCAGAUGCUUCACAUAUUCUUAGUAAGGUGCCUUUCCCCAUCUGGAUAUUGACUCCAGAUGAAUAUUCUCUCAUUUGGAUCACGUCAGACUUGAUCUCAUUCACUGUAAUUAUAGGAAUUUUUGUAUUACAGAAUUAUCACACAAUCAGGUGGAGACUGGGCAGUAUUCGAACGUACAAUCCUGAACAAAUCAUGCUGAGUGCUGCCGUGCGCAGGUCAAGCCGAGACGUCAGGAUAAUGAAGGAGAAACUAAUUUUUUCAGAAAUCAACAACAGCAUGGACACAGCUGAUGAGCUCUCCUUGUGUUCAGAGAAUCGCUACGACGGUUAUGCCAAUGACGCCAUCACUCCAACCACAGAUCCGAAAACCAGCGCCAGCUAGGAGCGGGAGAUGACCGAACCCAAAAAACGCUCUGCGAGUUUUGUUUUUUUCUGGCACGGCUCUGGAACUUCCACUGACGCCUACUUUUUCCAAGACAGGGAACAUUUCUGGGACUACUACUAUGCCAGGAUAUUUUGUUUAUUUUUUGCAAUUUCUUUAUUUUUUUUUUCUGUCGUUGUUGUAUAAACUUUGGACUGUGAGGUUGUAUAUAUGUAGAAAAUAUUUUUUUUUUCCCUUUUGUGUAUUUUUGUGAGUAAAACACAAGCGAGUCUUUGUGUACGUUGUUGACUGAGCCGCAAGAAUGUUGAACGUGCAGUCUGGUGUAGACUUAGGUUUUUCUAAUUAUCUGUAGUCUUCUCUGCUGCUCCUUAACGUUACACUUCC